AUAAAAUGUUCAUGCAGAGCGGUCGAUCAACUAGCUUCACCAGAUAAUAGGGUCCUUCACUUCACUGCUCUCUAUCCUUCACAUUUUGCUAUAAAAACCCUCACAUUCACACACAGUGAUAGCCAUUUCAAUUCAGUAAUGGAAGACUACUUACAGUACAUGCGAACUCUGCGCUCUCACAUCAACGAUGUGGAGGAUCAAGCCGCGAAAAUUUCAGUUGAAGAACAAAUGCAGAUCACUACGUUCCAGACGAUUACGAAAGAGAUCGAUUUCGCCAAGUCUGAGACAAAACGCCUCAAGGAGGAGUCUGACCUCAUGAAUAAGGCAAAGGGAAACAUAUGUUCCCAGAUAUUAGAGAGACAAAGAAAAAUUGCUUCUUUGGAGAGUGAUUCUUCCACACAGUUGCAGACAUUGGAGCUUAUCCAACAGGAAAGAGUCAAUUUGUCUACUAAACUUGCUGAGAAGCGUACAUCAUAUGGCAAAAUUAAAGAGGAUCUCAAUACCAAAUUAAAAGAACAACAGGACUGGUUAAAUUCUCACAAAUCUAGCUCAAAUCUUGGAACGCAUAGUUUGGUUAACACACAAACUGAGCGCUCAGCUAAUGAAUCCGCAGGAGACUUUGGCGCCCUAACAACGAGUGAGAGUCUGGUUAAUGCAUACAAGGAUACAAUGACAAAGUUUGAUGCCGCUAAAGCUAUGUUUGACAACCUGGCAAAAAUGAGGUCUGAACAUACUUCGGAGCGUGACAAGGCCAAGCAAGCAUUGGAGUCUCUAAAGGGUAGAAUGAACAGUUAUAAGCCUGAACUAAGAGAGAUGCCAAAUGAGACGCUUGAAGAAGAGAUUCAAGUUCUUAUGUCUGACAAAUGUGCGGAAACCAAGUACCAGGAAUCUUUGCAAAACCAAAUUGACACUAUAAAGGGAAUUUCGCAUACAGUUCAGUGCGGUUGUGGAGAGGUGUACAAAGUUGAAGUGGAUCCUUGUGUGUAAUCGAAUACUCUAUCUGCAAUGGAAGUACAGAAACUUUACCAGAUUAGAAGAACCUACAGGGCUAUGAAUCUUUAUGCGUAAUCGAAUACUCUAUCUGCAAUGGAAGUACAGAACCUUUACCAGAUUACAAGAAUCUACAGGGAUAUGAAAUAUGAUACUAGUAUACUUGAAUAUAGUUUUACUCAAAUUUUAUUGUCUUAAGCUCCCACUGAAAUGUUAUAUGUCAAAAAUCUAAAAUUGAUACUCCUUUGUUAGGAGAUUAUAUGAUGAUUCAUUUAUUGAACGAAA